UUCUAAAACAACAACCCAACCUCUCCCCGUUUUUCAACUGGACGUUCAGUACAGCGCCAUUUCCAUUCAAUUGAACGCAGCCCUGUUGUUCACACGCGUAUCUGCUCUCUCGUUGGCUCGAAUGGUCCCACCUGAUCUAGCCUUCUCCCACCUGACAUAUUUGAGGACAUGUAAUUCCGUUGUUAGAGCGGUCACUCGACUAUCUUGACAAUAUAUUAAAACGUCUUUGAGCGAAUGUUUGCAUAAUAUUUUACGUAAAACAGCGAGCGUGAUUACGUCAGCGUCUGCGUGUUUGUUGUAAAGCAUGAGACGCAUACUCGGGUUGCAAUACGUUGAAGAAUAUCAGGGAAGUAGGUAAAUACUUUAAUCCCCAGGUUUCUUUGAUAGCUUGCUGUUGAGCCUUAUUUUAUCAGUCACUUUGCACGAAAUCUACCAGUGAUUCUACAGACAUGGAUCUCAGUGACAUGCGAAAAAAAUACAAAGGAGACGAAGAGUGCUUUGAAGAGAAUCAUCUUGUUUCUCUGGACCCCAUCAAGCAGUUUGGAGAUUGGUUUGAUCAAGCCACAAAGUGUCCUGAAAUCGGAGAGCCCAAUGCAAUGUGCAUCGCCACAUCCACCAGAGAUGGACGUCCAUCUGCUCGAAUGGUCUUGUUAAAAGGCUACAGUGAAGAAGGCUUCCGGUUCUUUACCAACUACGAGAGCCGGAAAGGUGGUGAGCUGGAGAGCAACCCUUAUGCAUGUCUGUGCUUUUACUGGGAGCCUAUCAACAGGCAGGUCCGUAUCGAGGGCAACGUGGAGAGAAUCCCCUACCAGAGCUCCUGUGACUACUUCCACUCCCGGCCCAAGAGUAGCCAGAUCGGGGCCGUUGUGAGCAGACAAAGCACUGCAGUCCCUGACAGAAAUUACCUGAGACAGAAAAAUGCAGAGCUGAAGGAAAAGUACAAGGACACAGAUGUCCCCAUGCCCGACUACUGGGGAGGCUAUAUCGUCAAGCCUUACUUGAUAGAGUUCUGGCAGGGUCAGACCAACAGGCUACAUGACCGCAUCGUCUUCACGAGGCUGAAAAAUGGAGAGCGUGUUCUAGAAGAGUAUGAACAUAAUGCUGAGGCGGGCUGGGUCUACCAGAGGCUAUCCCCAUGAGGUUGGUUACAUUAGGGGAAAUGGACUAAAGGCAAGGCUGGAGAUUGGGCCUGGAGUACAACUCACUCAUGAUGUCAUCAUCGUCAACCAAAUGACAUGAGUGAUGAACCAAAUGAUGUUGAAUAACUACGUGCUAUAUGUGUGUCUUUAAAAAAGCAAAUUAUGGCUUGUUUUCUCCAAUUGUUCUUGUUUAAUAACAAAUCAAGGAGUGAUUUAUUUAUAUAUAUAUAUAUAUAUAUAUAUUCCCCUCUGGGUGGUUAGGAGGCCUGAUUGCCUGUUGUCUCUAGGACAACAAUGGGAAAUGAUCAACGUGAUGUGACUAUACGGUCUUGCAUGUAACCUGUGAUGCAAGGUUUCACGAAUCUCAAUAUGCUGUAUGGCAUACUUUACAUUCCUUGACGUUUGAUGUGCAAAGUCUGUCUCGUACAGUAGUCAAUGUUAGAUAAUUAUUGACAGUUAACCGGUUAUCCAAUGAAAAUGCAUUUCCUCGACCUCCACAACUCCCGGAAACUCUGUACUUAUAAAAAGCGCAAUCUCCAGUACUGUCUAUCUGUUAUUUAACAUUUGUACCUGAGUUCCACUGUAUUGGAUGACAUGUUCUGUCUAACAGCAAAUAUGUCUUCUGAAGGCCCAAAUCCACAGCAGUUUCUCUGUCAUGUAAUACAGAUCGCUUAUUAGGCUGUAGUCCCUGUGUUGAAUUUGUUAUGGAUUGAUUGUCAUGUCUGUGGCUCAAACUGCCUUUUUAAUAUAGGUCAAUUAAGAUUAGAAGAGUUGGCACGAGUUCAGUUGUGCCAAGGUAAUUCAGUGUAUGAAGUCAGUCAUGUCUGAGAAUGGCGUUCGCGACAGUUGAAAUGGCACAUCCGAAUUGUGAUCGACUGAAUGGAUGUGAAAAUGUUUUAAUCUGCAAGUGAGUACUCCGUGCUUUUUCUGGCCAAAAGAUGUCGGUGUUAGUGGUUAAGGGCGCUGUACUGCAGCGCCAGCUGUGCCAUCAGAGACUCUGGUUUCGCGCACAGGCUCUGUCGUAACCGGCCGCGACCGGGAGGUCCGUGGGGCGACGCACAAUUGGCCUAGCGUCACCCGGGUUAGGGAGGGGUUGGCCGGUAGGGAUAUCCUUGUCUCAUCGCGCACCAGCGACUCCUGUGGCGGGCCGGGUGCAGUGCGCGCUAACCAAGGUUGCCAGUUGCACGGUGUUUCCUCCGACACAUUGGUGCGGCUGGCUUCCGGGUUGGAUGUGUGCUGUGUUAAGAAGCAGUGCGGCUUGGUUGGGUUGUGUAUCGGAGGACGCAUGACUUUCAACCUUCGUAUCUCCCGAGCCCGUACGGGAGUUGUAGCGACGAGACAAGAUAGCUACUAAAAACAAUUGGAUACCACAAAAUUGGGGAAAAUAAAAAAAAGCUACAUUUGACCUACCACUAAGUAUGUUGCCAUACACCUUGACUGACAUUUUGAUGUUUUUCAAUCAACUUUAUUUCAUGCAGAUCUUUUUAGCGUGUCAGAUGAAACAGAACUGUAUAUAAAUAAAAUAAUCACUGGAUCACAUUA